GGUUAGAUAAGUAACACUUAUCCACUUAAACUACUUUUGUGUAUUAUCAGUUGCUGUACUUGGUACAUUGUAGUGUAGAUCUAUCGAAACAAAUCACGUAAAAAAUGGCAAUGGCAAAUGUUUCAAUACAUUCUAUCCGAAACGAACGUGACUUAGAAAUCUUCAUUAGAGGCCAUAUUCAAACGGAUGAUGCAUAUAGAACUGUCUGUAAACGGGUCAUUAAGAGUAUAAGUGAAUUUUUAAAGCAUAACAUACAGGGAAAAUACCGACCAGAGGAAGUUUUAAAGACUGGAUCAACAGCAAAAGGAACGGCAAUUAAAGGGAAGUCAGAUGUGGAUUUAGUUUUCUUGUUGUCAAGAAGCCGAUAUCAGUCUGUGGAUCAUCUGAACAAUGACUUAAAGGAAAUCUUGGAGUAUAUAAAAGGUGUAAUUAUCAGAAAAUACCAGAAUGUGCAGGUACAUCAAAGAUCUGUCUCUUUCGAAACUGUGUGUAGAGAAUCCGGGACUGGUCAUAGCCAUGUUAUUAGUGUUGACCUUUUACCAGCUGUCAACUUUGGAGAUCUUGUAAAUUUGAGGAGUAUCCACACCCAAAUGAGAGUAGCAUCUGAGGAAGUACGAAAUAAGAAUGAUAGAAUUUUUUAA